AUGGUGCGGAGCACUGCCAGCAGUAGCACCCCAGACGUAACAUCGUUCGCUCGAUCAGCCAACGAGCGCGAUAAGUCAAGAGAAAGGGCACGUACUGAGCGCGGCUCACGCAAAUCCCGAUCGCCUGGACUUUUCGUAUCCGAUGCUGUUUCAGUGCAAGAGGAGGAGGAGCAGGAGGCAGAGGAGCACGCAGGCCAGCGUCUAGACGAAGAUGCAGAGGCGCAAGAUCUGCCUAUGGGCAGUAAGAGGACUCUGGUAGCUGUAGAGGUGCUGCCUAUCAGUAAUCCGGAGGAAUAUGUACGCUUUGAGGGAGAUACAGUCGUCGAGAAGGUCCUCCGUGAAGCCCAAGGCACGGGGGAUUUAGUGUACAAAGUGCGAUUCCAGGAUGGGCACGAUGAAGAGGUGCCAUUCGAGGACCUGCUCGACCUCGAUAACGGACCAACAGCGCUUGACGCAUAUAACCGGAACCCCAACACUUCUGAAACCGAAGCCGAGGACGAAGUCAUGGUCGGCCAAUUACGUAGCAACCGCAGGACGACUCGCGAUGCCAACUUCGUAGACCCAGUCUCUUUUGUCAUUUCGUCCUCUGACGAAGACGAUGCGGAUGAGGAUGACGUCAUUGGGAUGUUCAAGACUCGCAAGACUCGCGGCUCCCGCUUGCGCAAUAACGGAACUGCUAGCCGGUCAUCACGAAGUCGCACGAACGCUGUGUCCGCAGACACCUCCUCUGGCAAUGACUCAUCAGAAGCUUCAACUCGCCGCAGCUCAAAGCGAGUCAAAAAGGCCAGGGACACCGGCAGGACUACCCGCUCCAGCGGUGCAGCUGUCUAUCAACGUUUGAGCUACAAAAACGAGAACGAUGAACAGUUCGAAGACGAAAGCGAGGAUGAUGACGACAUUCCUACGCUGCAGUCCGAUGUAUUUCCCAACUCUCGCAAGCGCAAACGCAGGGCUCGAAAUGGCCAGACGAUCAUUCUUCGGGGACCGAAAUCAGAAGACGGAGCACAUGCAGGGACGCGGAAGUCCGAUCGCACAACUCGCCACCAAAACAACAUGGAAGAGGUGGGCCAGGAUGAUAUCUAUCAAUCGGAGUCGGAGCCUGAGCCAUCCAAGCCGAAGGUCGUGAGCACCCGAGAAGUGUUCAAGCAACUGCCUCGCACGGACGACUUUCGAAAUCGCCACUCUCAAUAUUGCGAUACCUGCGGUCAAGGCAACAACGCGGGUCCUUUGAUCUACUGUCAGGGCUGCAUUCUAGCUUACCACAAGAAUUGCAUAGGGCAUCGCACCGGCCGCGAACAUCUCGUUACCAAGGUUGGGGAGGAGGACUUCGUUCUGCAAUGCCGUCGCUGUGUCAACAUCGCUCAAAAGCGCGACAGCACCGCUCCUAACCAUGCCAAAUGCCAGGAUUGCAACGAAACUGGCGCGUCUUGCUUCCCAUUUCGUGAACGCAAGACGCCGCUGCAGGAACAGAAAGAGCGCGAUGAAAAUGGCGGGGCCGACCCGAUUACUCCUGUCGACCCAGAUCUGAUCAACAAUGUAGACAACGUCUUCUUCCGCUGCAUGACAUGUUGGCGCGCCUUUCACUUCCAUCAUUUACCUUCGAGGGCCGCUCACAUGAUGGACAUCGACUACGACGAUGAGGAACGCGCACAGUAUCGCUUCAGCGAAUACUGCCGCGACUGGAAGUGCAAGGACUGUCUUAAUAUGCCUGCCAAGGUAUCUGGCCUCAUUGCCUGGAGACCUGGUGAUGUUGAAUCCUACACCAACGGAACUCCCGUCGAUGCCAUGGAUCAGGAUGAUGUUUACUACCUCAUCAAGUGGGAAAAGCUUUCCUACUUCCGUGCAGCCUGGAUGCCAGGAGCAUGGACCUGGGGCGUAACAGCACCGGCGAUGCGCAAAGCUUUCUACAAGAAAAACCCGCCGCCGAAGAUGCGAACGGAAGAUGCUAUCCCGGAAGAGUUUCUGCGGAUUGACAUCGUUCUAGACGUCAAGUACACCAGCUUUGUCGAUGUCAGCACAAUCGAGAUUGACCUGGCCCGCAUCAAGGAAGUCGACGAAGCCCUCAUUAAGUACAAGGGUCUCGGCUACGAAGACGCCGUGUGGGAGAAAGUGCCGGCGCCUGAAGAUGGUGAGCGCUGGUCAGAUUUCGAGACCGCGUACAAGGAUUGGGUUAAGGGGAAGUACAUCCGGAUUCCGAAGGGCGGGCGCAUUAGCACUCGUGUGGAAAAAGCUAGAAGCCAACCCUUCACUAAACUGGAAAAGAAGAAGCAGCCGGAAAAUGUUGUUGGUGGCGAGCUGAUGGACUACCAAUUGGAGGGUCUUAACUGGCUUUACUAUCAAUGGUAUUCCAGGAAGAACGGCAUCCUCGCUGACGAGAUGGGCCUCGGGAAGACCAUUCAGGUCAUCGCCUUCCUCGCUACCAUGGUUAUCGACCAGAAUUGCUGGCCGUUUCUCAUCGUGGUGCCCAACUCUACAUGUGCAAACUGGCGGCGUGAAAUCAAGCUUUGGGCUCCUUCUCUCCGCGUCGUCACAUACUUCGGUUCUGCUGCUGCCCGCGAUCUUGCCUACCGCUAUGAGAUGUACCCGAACAAGAGCAAGGAUCUGAGAUGCCACGUUGUCGUGACGUCCUACGAUGCCGCUGCUGACGACAGCUGCCGCAAGUUCUUCAAGGGAGUUCCUUGGCAAGGUUUGGUUGUUGACGAAGGCCAGCGCUUGAAGAGCGACAAGAGCCUACUGUACAACGCCCUAAACGCGUUGAAGAUACCUUUCCGGAUCCUCCUGACAGGCACUCCAUUGCAAAACAAUACCCGGGAGCUGUUCAAUCUCCUCCAGUUCCUUGAUGACAGCAUCAACGCCUCAGCUCUUGAAGAAGAGUAUCUCGAGAUGACCAAGGAGAACAUCCAGAAGCUACACGACCUCAUUCGCCCGUUCAUCCUCCGCCGAACCAAGGCUCAAGUGCUUGGCUUCUUGCCACCAAUGGCUCAGAUCAUCGUUCCCGUCUCCAUGAGCGUCUUACAAAAGAAGCUGUACAAAUCGAUCCUUGCGAAAAGCCCUGAGCUACUGCGUGCGCUCUUCUCAUCUAACAGCAAGUUGCGGCCGCAAGAAAGGGCGAGUCUAAACAAUAUCUUGAUGCAGCUUCGCAAGUGUUUGUGUCAUCCGUUCGUAUAUAGCAGAGAGAUUGAGGAACGGACCGACAUCGCUGCCGUUUCGCAUCGCAAUCUCGUUGAGGCUUCAUCCAAGCUGCAGCUGCUCGAAUUGUUGCUGCCCAAGCUUCAGGAGCGGGGACAUAGGGUGCUCAUAUUCAGUCAGUUUUUGGACAUGCUGGACAUUGCCGAGGAUUUCCUCGACGGCCUCGAGAUGCGCUAUCAGCGUCUCGACGGUACCAUGGGCUCGCUUGAGAAGCAAAAGCGCAUUGACGAGUUCAAUGCACCCGAGUCGCCUCUCUUCGCCUUCCUGCUCUCAACUCGCGCCGGUGGUGUCGGCAUCAACCUCGCCACUGCAGACACUGUCAUCGUCCUAGACCCCGAUUUCAACCCUCAUCAGGACAUCCAAGCAAUUUCUCGAGCUCAUCGUAUCGGCCAGAAGAAGAAAGUCUUAUGCUUCCAGCUCAUGACUCGCGCCUCAGUCGAGGAGAAGAUCAUCCAGAUAGGACGCAAGAAGAUGGCACUUGAUCACGUUGUGGUGGAGUCACUUGAUGCCGAAGACCUAGAAGAAAAGGAUGUCGAAUCGGUGCUUCGCCACGGCGCCGCCGAGCUAUUCGCAGAAGACAAUCCAGACUUAGAGAUCAAGUAUGACGGCGCAUCGGUGGACAAGCUUCUCGAUCGCAGUCAGAUUGAGAACACUAAGGCCGGCGACGACAAGUCGGCUGAAUCGCAGUUCAGCUUCGCUAGAGUGUGGGAAAACAACACGGGCGGCCUUGCCGAUUCUCUGCCGGGCUCAGAGGAUGAGCGGGAAGUGGACCCCUCGGCUUGGGAAUGGAUCUUGCAGGAGCGGGAGAGGCAGGCGGCGGCUGAGGCGGCUGCGAGACAGCAGGAGAUGGGUCGGGGCAAGCGGGCAAGAAUGGCUGUCGACUAUGCCACAAAUGAGCCCCCUGAAGCAUCCGGCGAAGCAGUUCCCGACGCCGUCGACGAUAUCGAAGAUAUCCCGAUCCCUCCUCCUAAACCCAGUAAGAAGGCCCGUCGCAGCGCCGGCGACAGCGACACCGACUUCCAAGCCGUAGACACCGAGCCCGAAGCGGAAGCCAGCGGCGAUGAAGGAGACCCCAUUGAUCCCAACGAACUCACCCUCCAGCCCGCGCAGAAAGCCUCCGGCAUCGUGGGCAGCACCGCCGGCUCCCAGCAGCCGAAACCACCACCGCCCGUCCAACCCAAACCAGCCCCCUUCAAACGCGUCACCGUUCCGACACUCCCACCCCAGUACCAACCCCUCGACCCCCGCAACCCGAACGCCCGACAGCCACCCUACCGCGGCCCACCCUGCCGCGCCUGCUCCCUCCCGCAUCCACGCGGCGCAUGCCCCCUCAAAGUUGCCGGAACCGAGCACUGCAACCUCUGCGGCCUCGCACACUUCGGCAAGGCGCGCGUGUGUCCGCACAUCAAGUCCGAGACGCAGGUGCGCGAGAUGCUAGAGGCGCUGAAGCGGUCGCAGGAGCCGCGGGAUUUGGUCGAGGCAGCUGUGAAGUAUUUGAAGGGGGUCAAGGGGCAUCUGGUGCAGAAGAAGAAGAGGGAGAGGGAGAUGAAGGAGGGGAGGGAGGUUCCGGGGAUCUCGGGGGGGCUGGGCGCGGGGGAGUUGGCGGCUGUGGCGAGGUUCAACAAGGAGAGUGCGGUGGGGACGGCGUCGGAUGUGGAGAGGAGGCCGGGAUGA